AAGACCCACUAUCCCAGGAUAAUGACAUGGCAUUGCUGCAAGGCGAGCGAACAUGUUUCCUGGCUCGGCGCCGGUCGAGCAGGUUGUGUGGACAGAGUGAAGGUCAGGCCUGCGCGACAGGCCACAAGGCGACAGUCGACCUUGGACGCAGCGGGAGUUAGCGCUCGGCUAAUAAAGAGAUUAACGCGUCACUCGUCGCAGAGCCGCGCGGAGCUUCACUCGAGCCUCGACAGCCAUGGAGAUCAGCUUCGCCUCGAAGCGUGUGCUGGUGACGGGCGCAGGCCAAGGUAUCGGCCGGGACCUGGUGAAGAAGCUGCUGGCGUGCGGGGCGGAGGUGGUGGCCGUGUCUCGCACCGCGAAGCACCUGGACUCCCUGAGCGACGAGGAGCGCGGCCGGCCGCUGCGGACGAUAUGCGCGGACCUGUCCGACUGGGAGGCCGCGCAGGCGGCCGCGCGCGACGCGGGGCCCGUGGACUGCCUCGUCAACAACGCGGCCGUCGCCCUGCUGGACCCGCUGCUGGACGUCAAGCCCCAGGACGUUGACGCGACGUUCAACUGCAACGUGAAGUCGGUGAUCGCGGUGAGCCAGGUGGUGGCGCGCGGCAUGAUCGAGCGCAAGCGCGGGGGCUCCAUCGUCAACGUCUCGUCCCAGGCGUCCCAGGCGGCGCUGGCGGACCACACGGUGUACUGCGCCUCCAAGGGCGCGGUCGACAUGGUGAGCAAGGUGAUGGCGCUGGAGCUGGGCCCCCACGACAUCCGCGUCAACGCCGUCAACCCCACGGUGGUGAUGACCGCCAUGGGCCGCGUCGGCUGGUCCAAGCCCGAGAAGGCAGAGCCCAUGCUGGCCAAGAUACCCCUGCACCGCUUCGCAGGUGAGCCCCGUCUGACUAGCCGUGGAGUAGUGGUAGAGCGAUGCACGCAGAAACAAAGGUAUGCUUAUCGGGGGAUGGUGUGUCUUAUCUGGUUCAUGAGUGUCCCCAAAUGUUUCUUCACUACCAUUGUGGUAAUUUUCAUCAUAAUAUACUGGAUAUUUUUUGUGUAAUACUAACUGUAACAGCAGGGUGGCUAGCAAAUCUGUGAUAAAAAAAUUUCUUGAUUUUGUGGAAAACAUUUCCUCUGACCACUAAAUUAGUUGCGAAAUAAAUCACAUUCAAAAUUGCAAAAUUCCUAGGCAAACCGCACUCCUGUAUUGCAACAGGCAACUAUCAAUUAUGUUAUACCACAGGGUGUAACAGAACGUCAGUCCCACUGUCCCAAAGAGGGCGUGCUGUUUGUUGUGUGUUGUGAUAGCCCAAUGUUUAAUGGCAUCUGAGAUCAAGAGUUAGUUGUUUAUCUGUGACCUCCGACCUGUUUUUGGGGUUACUUUUAGAACUGAGCCGUAAAAGUUCUGUUACGCAACGUGAGGGCUGUCCAAAGUGUGUGGCCGUUAUCUGAGUUGGCAGAUGUCAAUGUCGGCUUAUCAGGCCUCGUGAACUGGGAAGGAAGUCGCGGGUUCCGCAUGAUGCUCGAGGCAGCUGUCGUGUUGGUAAACCUUCGCAACUGAUGGACGUGCAGUAUCUCAUGUCUUUAAGCCAAUAGUAUUCCUGUUUGAGCUCUCCUUGAGGUAUGUCAGUCCUGGCCAGUCAUACGCCUGCUCCCAAAGAGUGGUGCGUAUGAGGAGGAUCGAUUGCAUCUGCGGAACUGAGGAAAACAAUUGCUGGCUCCCAAUGAUCAUCGCCAGAGUCCAGAGCUUUGAAUUGAAAACCCCACAGGUUCUGCAUUCCUCCACCUGCCGUUUUAUCAUUUUUACAUUACUCAAAUUACUCUUUUUUUUAUUUGGGCAUUGUCUUUUUCAGCAGCAAUAUCGUCACAGACACAAACAGUGAACGCAGUGCUGCAAACUCGGGUAGUGAACCAUCCCAGCAUUUCAUUGGCCCGGAGUGAUAACAGGAUUCUGUGGCUUACUGGAGCCUGGAUUCAAAUCUCUACACGGAUAUGGAAAAAAAAAGGGGGGGGGGGAGGAAAGCUAGCCAUGAGCCGUGGGCAUAGGAUGAGUCAACAAUUUUCUGAAGAGUGCAACAAACGUGUGACAUAAAAAGCAAAAAAAAA